CGAGCACACUAGCAGUUAUCACUCUCUUGGAAUUUCAAGAUGGCCAAGUUCUUCGCUUUUGCCGCUGCCAUCGCCACCGCCGCCCUCGGGACGACGAGCGCCGCCACCGUGGAGGAUACCUGCGUGCUCGCCGACUUCCAGACUGCGACGGCCGACUUUAUUGGGCUCAACAACGUGCUGAGCCUCGUGCCGUCGCUGCUGCCGAUGUACAUCACCGACCCACUAGUGCUCAAGGACCAGACUCUGGACGCUAUCGACUUCAAGGUGCUUGGCCUCGACUUCACCGCCACGCCGUCCUUCGAGCUGCUCAACGUCAGCGGCAUCACCACGAUCGGCUUCAAGACCGCCAACGUCACGGGAUCCAACACGCUGGACCUGGCGGCAACUUUCUCGGGCGAAGUGUCGGUGAGCGGCACCUUCUCGGUCGAGUUCGCGCAGAUCGACAAGAAAUGGUACGAGAUCUGCUGGACAAGUCUCCUGCACCAAAAGACCUGCCCUCCGACGACGGUCACCGUUGACGUCGCUCUGGCGCUGAAAAAGCCCACCAUCGCGGCCGGAAUCGAGGCGGACUUGUACCAGUGCGCUUCGGGCGUGCCGGCGUCCGUGUGCUCCAACAUGACCAUCACCUCGAUCCUUGUGGCUGCUCUCGGUGGGGACGUCACGAGCGUGCUCAACACGGUGCUCCACCACUUCAAGGACGCGUCGCUGACGUCGCUGGCGCUCGACUGGGACUCGAUCACCAACAUCGACCUCACCUUCGACGACACCAGUGCCUUCAUCUCGAACAUUAUCAACGGUCUCCUGGACUUCUCCGCCGAAAAGCUCAACAAGAAGAAGACGGCAUACAAGACGUUCAUCAAGGUCCUAAACAAGCUCGUCCGCUCGCUGCUGAACAAGCUCAUCGAACAGCUACUGGUGCCGCUUUUCGGCGCGACGUGCUUGUAGGCAUCAGGCUACGCACACGCUCUAGCCGUGGCUUGAACUAAAAAGUAUCAACUCGUUUCAAUGUC